CCAUCGUCUCUCCGGGUAAAAAAUGGUGCGCAGCCCCUGGCUGAAAGCGGAUACGUCAUCCAGGAAACAACCUCCAUUAUUCUCUGCCAGCAGACCUCACAGAUAACCAUGGUUUGUUUUAUCGGACAAUAAAUAUGAGUAAAACCCGUUUCUUCUAAAUAAAGCUUUAGAUAAUUGUUUGUUUAGCACGACCUUUAACCUUUCACCUUAAACCCCGCGUGAAGACAAAAUGGCCGCGCACAUGUUGAACAUGUUCAGGAUCUUUUCUGGUCAAUUGACAUCAGCUUCGUUCCAGUUUCGUCAGUGUCGGUCCUGCCUGCAGAGACCGGUCCCCCUGCAGAGACCGGUCCCCCUGCAGAGGCCGGUCCCCCAGCCUGCGCUGCUCUCACAUCCGUUUGGGAGCUCAGCGGCAUUCCGGCAGAAGGACGCAGAGGUCCAGGCCGCUCAGGCUUUGGAUCGGUACAAGCAAAGACCGUGGGAUUACGUGGAGAGCGAAGAGUAUGUUGAGCGCUAUGGCAGCAGUGCGGUGUGGACAGGCUACAGGAGGAGCCAUAAAGGAGGCAUCCCCCCCCAGACCACACGCAAGACCUGCAUUAGAGGACACAAGAUAUGUGGGAACCCCUGUCCAAUUUGUAGAGAUCCUAACAUUAUUGUCCAUCAUCAGAAUGUCAAGUUGCUCCAGCAGUUCAUCAGUCCCCACACAGGAAUGGUGUAUGAUCCCACUCUAACUGGUGUGUGUAUGAAACAGCAGAAGAAGCUUAACAAAGCCAUCGACAAAGCAAGAGAUGAUGGUCUACUUGCUUUUCAUAUUCCACGUGUGGAGUUUUCAGGGGAGGACUACUCCAACAGUCAUGAUGCUGUUGGAGUCACGCCGCCUCCACCGUUCCUCAUCUCCAGUCAACCCUGGUAUAAAUGGUACGCAGAAAUAACGCCGGAUGACAGUAAGGUGGAUCAAGUCAAGAAGACAUACAAGGCUUAUUUAAAGCCGUAGAAUCAUUAAAGACUCUGUACAGAUGUUGAUAAUCAUAUACUUCAACAUGCUUGAACAUUGUACAAAACCUGGAAGCUGUCAAAUAAAGCAAAUUACACAGGAGGCAUUUAAAA